UUACACGACUUUAACAAGAUGGAAGGAAUGUUUUUGUCAUACAAGGCUUGCUCUAUUUUUUUCGGUAAAGCCAUGCACUGUCUUCGGGGGAUUGUAUUUAUAGUUUAAGAUUUUUUAAUUAGGAUAUGUCUAAAACAUAAAAUUUAUGUAUGAAUUUUGAAUACUAUUAGAGUUAUAAAAGUACCCAUUUUUUAAUUUUGAAAAUAUUAAUAACCUGUUUUAUUCAAAGUGAGUUACAUAAGAUUCGAUAAAAAUGAAGAGAUAGGAAUUAAGUGAAGAUGAUUUACACGUUGGAGACUUAGGGCAUUUUUUAUAAUACUUUUAAAUAUUUUAUUUACUAUUUAUUAGUUUAAAAUUCAUAAGAAAUUAUAAUUUUUGAGUAGUGGAUGGGAGAGAUUCAUUUAAUAGUAGUAGAUCAGAAAAUUGUAUUUUAGUGAAUUAGAAAAAGUGUAGAAAAGAAUGUUACAAAAGGUUUUAAAAGUCAUCUACUCUCGAAUAAUUUAAAUAAAAAGCACUUUUCUAUGAGGAAAGAAACCAGAUUUUAAAGAUGUAUUUGAGAAUAGACACAUGUCAUAAAGAUUCCAGCUUCAAUAGGAAACCUUAGGAAUUUAGAAACGCUAGAUGUAAGAUACAAAGAGACUGUCUCGAGUGAAAUUUGGAAGCUAAAGCGACUGAGACAUGUUUAUUUGAGAGGGGGAGAUGAGGUACCAGAAGUAGAUAGAGAGAGAAAGGUGAAUCUUCAAACUCUGUGGUUAAGGGCUUUUGACAGACGAAUGGUGUUCAUGCUGAACAGGGACAUGCUUAUCGAUGACAUAUUUCCAAGAUUGAGAAAGCUUGUUUUGCACUAUCCAUUUCAUCGUCCUUCCCACGAACAAUUACUAAGCAAUCUCCAUAGCCUAAAAAUAAUUGACUUUCUAGAACUUCCACCUCACAAAAAUGACUUUCCAUAUCAUCUCACCAAGAUAACCUGGAAACAAAUACGUGUGGGCACUGACUUCUCUUUGUUCAGUACUGUACGAUGGCUUACCAACCUUCAAAUUUUGAAAAUAGGAAGGCAAUGCUCUGAGGUUUUGUUGGACCUUAAUGUUGGUGCAGGAGAGUUCCCACAACUUCAAGUGUUUGAGAUUGAGAGGAAUGAAAGUGAGAAGCUGGAGAUUAGACGAAUGUGCAAUGCCAAAUCUUCAACAUCUUCUCAUUGAAGCCUGUGAAUACUUGAACGAUCUUCCUCAACGACUCUGGUCCUUAGCUACCUUACGACAAGUGCAUGCUCUGUUGCCCUCUGAAACAUUGGCGAACAACCUUCAACAUGUGAAAUUGACGACUGCUUGCACAUCCAUAACAUUGGAAUCUUUGGAAGGAUAUGGAGUUUGAAGCUUGCUAGAAGAAAACGAAUUUUAAGGAGGUAGAGCAUUGUUUAUGCACAAAAAGUGAAGAAGUGAAGAAGGUGAAACUCGACCACUGUAUCUAAGAGAUACAGAGAUAACAAAAAUGGCAGACAGUGUUGUUGGCUUCCUGGUGCAGAGGUUGUCACAACUACUUGAAAGUGAAAUAAAGCUCCUUUCUGGUGUGGAAGAGAAAAUAAAGUCCUUGAGUAAUGAAUUGAAGUUCAUGAAUAAAUUCAUCAAGAGCUCAGAGGGGAAGUACAAAGAUGCAGUGGUGAAAGAAGUGGUGACGCAAAUAAGAGAUGUCGCCCACCAAGCAGAAGAUGUGGUGGACACUUACAUUCUCAACAUCGCCAAACACAAACGUAGAAACAAACUGUGUCGGUUAUUCCACCUCAAAGAAAAACUCGUUGUGCCCCAUGAAGUCGAUGCUGAGAUAGAGAAGAUCAGGAGUCGUAUCGUUGAUAUUUAUGAAAACCAGAAGAGGUAUGGCAUCAAAGAAGGUGAAUUCCAAAGCAAAGAAGCAGUUGCAACAGAAUGGUGCCGCAAAAGGAGGAUGGAUGUUGAGGAAGAAGAUGUGGUAGGCUUAGUGAAUGAGACCAACAUUGUCAUCCAACAACUCCAAAAAGAUGAUGUGUGUCUUAAUGUUGCUUCUAUAGUCGGAAUGGGAGGAUUGGGUAAAACCACUCUUGCCCGUAAGAUCUAUAACAAGGACAAUGUGAAGAGGAUAUUUCCUUGUCGUGCAUGGGGUAACGUGUCUAACGAUUACAGGCCCAAGGAGCUUUUCCAAAGUCUCCUAAGGAGCUUAAAUCUUUCUGGAUUUGAAAAUUUAAGCGAGGAGGGUCUGAAGGAGGAGGUAGCCAAAGGGUUGAAGGAGAAGAAAUAUUUGAUAGUGCUUGAUGACAUAUGGGAAACACGGGUAUGGGAUGAUAUAAAAGGAGCCUUUCCAGAUGACAACAAAGGUAGCAGAGUAUUGAUCACAAGUCGUGAAAUGUCUGUUGCACGCUAUGCAGGAACCCCUUCUCCAUACCAACUUCCUUUCCUCACCCAAGAUCAAAGUUGGGAACUAUUUUGUAAGAAGGUGUUUCGAGGUGAAGAAUGCCCCUCCGAGUUAGAGCCUUUGGGUAGAUCCAUUGUCAAAGCAACUUGUGGGGGUUUACCACUUGCCGUUGUGAUCUUAGGUGGACUCUUUGCAAAGAAGGAGAAGUCACAAAGAGAGUGGUCGAGAAUGAAGAAGAUGAGUUGGAAUUCUACUGCGGACAAGAGUGAAGUGAUGGAUAUACUAAGGCUCAGUUACGACAACUUGCCUCCAACAUUAAAACCCUGUUUUCUAUAUUUUGGAAUCUAUCCUGAAGACCACGAGAUCAGUGCAAGAGAAGUGAUCCGAUUGUGGGGAGCAGAAGGGUUCUUACAAUCACAAGAAAACGCAGAACCCGAAGAAGUAGGUGAUUUUUACUUGGACGAGCUGGUGGAUCGAAGCUUAGUGCAAGUGACUCGUAGGAGGACUGAUGGGGGUGUUAAGAUAUGUCAGGUUCAUGAUGUUCUUCGUGAUUUCUGUAUAUCAGAGAGAAAAUCUUGCAAGUUUAUGGAUGUUUGCAGAGAGUCCAAUAUUGACACCUGGAGUGAUACCAAUCCCCGUAGAUUGUCCUUGCAGUGGCAAAGGGAUUCUAAUAUUUCUGCUAUGUCAUUUGACAAAUCAAUGCCAAGCACUCGUUCUGUGUUCAUUUUUACUUGGAGGCUUCAUUAUGUGAAUGAUUUGGUGAAAAGGUUGAUGUUAGCUAGGGUUAUUCAUGGUUUUGAUUCACCAUUGGAUCCCUACCAUUUGAAGAGGAUGAUUCAUUUAAGAUACUUGAAAAUAAUAGUCGCAAGUCUUCCAGCUUGUGUAUGCAACCUAUGGAAUUUAGAAACACUAGAUGUAAACUACGAAUACACAGCGUCCAGUAAAAUUUGGAAGCUGAAACGAUUGAGACGUCUUUACUUGAGAAGGGGAGAGUGUCCAGUCUUGCCUGAAGGAACUAGAAUGGAGAAUCUCCAAAGCCUUUGGUUGUGCGGUCGGAGUUCAGCAAUUAAGUCCCUGAUCAACAAUGGCACGUUUCCUAGGUUGGUAAAAUUAGUUUUGUCACCUUUUUCUGAGGGUGGUAAUGAAGUAGACCUUUUAUCAAGUGUACACCGCCUAAAUCAUCUUGGUAGUCUAAAAAUAAAUAAGAUUCCAAAACUUUCAUCAGACAAGAAUGUGCUUCCAUCAAAACUUACCAAGAUAACCUUUAGAAACUUUUUGAAUUGGUCUUUCAUGAAGACACUAGGUCAGCUUCCUAACCUUCAAAUUUUGAAACUAGAAAAAACCAAUAUUUGGAAACGAGAAAAUUUCUAUGGAUUUGGUGCAGUAGUAAAUAGGCAAUUUUAUGAAGACAUAAUGCCGGAAGAUGAACCGCAUAAUCUUGAUAUUGGCAAGGGAGAGUUUAAUGAACUUCAAGUGUUUCAUUUGAAGGGCGUAGGGGUAAAGUCAUGGAGAUUAGAGGAAGGCGCAAUGCCCCGUCUUCGGCAUCUGCUCAUUAUAAAAUGUCCUAUUUUGUUUGAACUUCCCCAGCAGCUUUGGUCAUUGGAAACCUUGCAACUUGUGCAUAUUGAGGGACCCUCCCAACAAUUGGCUGGCAGCCUCCAAAUUGUGGAGGUCAAGUACAAUUGUAAAAUCAAAUUGGAAAAUGAGAACUUACUUAGCUCAGAGGAGGAGUAUUGAUUUGAUGCAAGUUAGUGGAAAAUUAUGACUUAUUUGAUUUAUGAGAUAAAUAAAAAAAAAGUAGUCUAUCACAUUAAUUAUUUAUAUUAUAUUGUAUUUUUUAUAUUUUUAGUUUGUAAGGUGCCU